UUGACGUUUAUUUGGGUAAAAAAGCAGUAUUUUCACGAUAUUAAUGAAUUUAAUGGAAAAUAACAAAUACAAUGUGUAGUAUUAACGAAAUUAUGAAUUUAUGUCGAUUAUGUUUGGUCAAAAAUGAGGCUAAUAUAAUGAUAUUUGAGGAACAUAAUAAUAUAAGCGAAAUAAAUCAAAAAAUCUCAGCAUGUUUGUCGAUUACAGUUUCAAAAGAAGAUCAAUUACCAAAAAACAUAUGUGAUCAUUGCAUGAACAAAUUGGACCUUUUAUAUGAAUUUAGAACAACCUGUGUGAGUGCAGAAAAACAAUUACAAAUGUGGGUCGAUGAAUUUAACAAGAGUGACUGUAAAGACAAUGUUGUGAAAUUGGAGAAUUCUCAAAGUAAUGUUAAACAAGAAGUGUUGAUUCACCAUGAUUAUUCCUUAGAACAAAAUUUAUCUUAUGAAAACGAUGAGAAGCAGGAUGAAGAUCAAAACAUGGAUAAUCACAUUCCAAUUAAAUUAGAACAUAUAAACAAUGGUGAAGAUGCCACAAAUAAUCCUAUACCUAAUUUUGUUAAUGUUGAUACAAGUUGCAAUGAAAAAAUAGAUCCAUCAGAAUCAAACAAAUCAAAUUCCACUGCCAACAAUGUAACAAUAACAGACCCUUUAUCUAACAAUAAUCAAAACAUUGAACAAAAAACUAUUCCUUGUACUGAUUGUAAUUCUAUAUUUUUUUCAGUAAAAAGUCUAAAGCAACAUAUGACCCAGCUUCAUCAUAAAACGUAUCAUCCCUUUAAAUGUGAUGAUUGUGAUAAAAGAUAUUUAACAAUAGGUGCUUUAAAUAAUCAUAAAAAUUCGGCACAUUUAGGCGUUGUUUAUAAAUGCACUCUAUGCCCUAAAGUAUACAGAUGUGGAUUUACAUUUAAAAGUCAUUUGAAAUCACACGAUGAAACAACAAGAUAUGUUUGCAAGUUUUGUGGAAAAGCAUUACAUUCUUUGUCUUAUUUACAAAUCCACGAACGCAUACAUAAAGGGGAAAAACCUUUUAAUUGUGAACAUUGUUCAAAAAGCUUUGUUUCCAAGUUGUUACUCAAAAUGCACGAACGCGUUCACACUAAUGAAAAGCCAUAUGAUUGUAAAAUAUGUAAUAAAGGUUUUAGUCAACUUGGACAACUCAAAAUUCAUACAAGAAUUCAUACAGGAGAGAAACCCUAUGGUUGUCAUCUGUGUGAAAAACGGUUUACUUCCAAAACUCAUUUGAAUAGACAUUUAAAAAUGCAUUAAUUUAGGUUUAUUAAAAAUAUAUAUCUUUAUGUUG